AUGUGGCUGGCCAGUCAGCUCGCCGGUCUAACGACCUCGCUACUCUUGUUCUCCCUUAGCUGUGGAAGCGACGGGACGCCUGAAGCGACCACCGUAGAGUAUAAAGCAGCUCUUGGCACUAGUCCUCAGUGCCUUGAAGAAGUCAAUGAUGCUCGGGAGGCAGCCGGAUUGGCGAAGUUCACUGCUGCAGAAAGCGCAGAGCAAAAGCUACCUGAUCCUGGAGAAGAAGCGCUUCCAGACGGCGAGUGGAAAAACCUUUGUACAUAUUUGAUACCAACGCAGGUUGAAACACUUGCUGAUCAAUCGCCCACAAAUCCCUUUAAUGGAGGCACAUAUGCUUUCAAGAAGUUGACUGAUGAGCAACACAGCUGCAAGGAAACAGUUGAUUACUGGAAGGCAGCAUUUAAAAACUUCACAGGACUUCCUCCAUCAAAAAAAGACGCUGGAGAUCUGUACAACAGUCAAGACAACGUUUCGUUCAUCGCCCUGUACAACCCUUCAGCAAGUGCCACUGCAGAUUGCCGGGUCGUCACUUGCAGCCAAACGACGGGUGUUGCCUCACUAUCAGCAAGCGAGUCACCUGAUGCGGGAAGUGCAACUGCAAAAAGCAGCUCCGCGUUGCUUUGCAAAACGGUGCCCACAGCUUUUGCAAAUGAAACCACCGCUCCAUUCACACAGGAGCAGUGGGACAAAAUCGCAUCAUCGCUCACAGGCUCGACUUCCAUAGCAUCUCCAAGCUUGGUUAUCUUUGGCAUUGUGGCAUUUGGCAUUACGGCGCUAUGA